GCGGGCGGGCGGAGAAUGAGUCCUGCCAAGAAGUUCCGCGUGAAUGGUUCAGCCAGUGAACGAACGAUAACAGCCGUGAGACUUGUUGGCUGUUUGAGCGUGUGUGUGUGUGUGUGGUGUCUGUGUGUGCCACUCCAUGGCGGCGAUCCAUACAAGUCGGCCGAUCGUCUGCUAGCUUACAACUGUAACGGUAACUGCUGACAGCCGCUCUGACAACAACAGUCUCUCAUGUUUAGAUGAUCCGUGCUAGGCUACUCUUCGCAUAUCGUUGACUUAGGACUUUGUUGUUUCUCCGAGGGGAUUUCUCAUCUCAAGAUGGAUAUUCUGCCGAGCAGCAACAUAUUUCGGGAGCUGCAAGUAGUUCACGACACGGGUUACUUUUCGGCGCAGCCUUCACUCGAGGAUCGCUGGCAACAGAAUUGCCUGGAAAUGGAGCGAUACCUGAAGAACGAGCCAAAACUGACGUCGUUCAAAAAGCUCUCCUCCGAAAACCAAAACGGCCAUUCCUUGAGACACAGUCGCCACGCGCUGGCCAGAGCUCAGUCGUGCGACCCUCUCUCACCACACCCGACGUCCCCUCGCGAUGGUACCACCGUCUCUGAGGUCGACAGGGUCCACAGCAACAACACCAUCAUCACCAACACACCCAGUAACAUCAACAACAGCAACUGCAGCUGCAACAACAGCAACAGCGGUGGAGGACACAUCAGCACUAUCGACACGUCGAGCGCUGCUAACAACAAUAAUAGCAGCGGCGGUAGCAGCAACGACAGCAACAGCGGCGACGUUAUAGCAGCAGCGGCAGUAGCAGUAGCUGCAGCGCCCGUUGCCCUUAACAACGGCUUCGAGCUGUGCGCAGCCGCAGACCUGCGACUCGCGGCGGACGAUGAGAACUCUUGCUCCUCUUUCGGCGGGCCGAGCAACGCCGCCGAGUUCACCGACUCGGAAGUUCCGGAGUCGGAGGUUGACCCCGAUGACCUUCACGACGAUUGCGACGACGACGACUGCGAUGAAGACAGCGAGGAGGACGAGGUGGAGAUGGCGGAGCGUCUGGAAGCCCUGGCCAUGCUCAACAUCAACGACAGACUGUCGGACAGACUCUCGGACACUGUCAGCCUACACAGCUUCAGCUCCUCCUCCAGCGGCGUGUCGUGGGACAGCAACAUCAGCGACCCGCCCCUCUCCCCCAUCAAGCCAAAAUCAAACGACCCGUUUGCACUCAAACUGGUUGCGCAGCCGGGCAGGACAGAAACGGUCUCCCUCCGCCACUUCUCCGCCGAUUUCAUCCCCAAACAACAAAGACUUAUCCUCAGCCCGGCGCACGCUGCCAAACUGCGUGCGGUGCAGCAACAACAGCAGCAGCAACAGCAACAACAACAGCAGCAACAACAACAGCAGCACCAGCAGCACCAACAACAAGCACCGCAUCAUCAACAUCACCAUCCUCACGGCGGCCCGUUCCCCUCUGGUCACCCUGCCGGUCUGGUGAGCGGCGCUCACUCUCUCCAGAACCUUCAACAACGACCGCCCAUGGUACCUCCGGGUCAAAGGUCAAGGGUAGAGGUCAGCCCAGACAGCCGGCGGCGAAUUCACAAAUGUCCGUACAGCGGCUGCAAGAAAGUCUACACCAAAAGUUCUCAUCUCAAGGCACAUCUACGCACACAUACAGGAGAAAAGCCAUACAAGUGCACCUGGGAAGGGUGUGAGUGGAGGUUCGCGCGAUCGGACGAACUGACGAGGCACUACCGCAAACACACAGGCGCCAAACCGUUCCAGUGCCGCUUCUGUACCCGCUGUUUCUCUCGGAGCGAUCACCUGGCUCUGCAUAUGAAGAGACACUCUGGCAUGGACUUGUAGGGGUUAAUGCUCGAUAUAUAUAUAUAUAUAUAUAGCACAAGUUUGUUAAAGGUUGAUGCUGGACAUGGCUGUGGUAUGUAAGUACGAACUUGAAAGAGUUAAUGCUGGAUACAGCUAAGAUGUUCUAGCAUGGGAUGGUAAGAGUUAGUGCUGGACAUAGCUAUAGUAUUCCGGCACGAUCUUGUGGUAGUCUCAGAGUUGUAAGAUUAAUUGCUGGACAUAUCUACGCGUUAAUGCUGGAUGCGUCAAUGCCAACUGACGGCUUGUUGGCGAUAAUACUGAAUAUAUAGCUAUAACGUUCUGGCACUGACUUUUAUGGGUUAACACUCCACACUGCUAGGACAUUGCACGUUAAGACAUUUUGACAUGUACUGGCUGUGGCGUAUGUUGGACGCACAACCAUAGGACAUAUCUGUGAUUGGUGGGGACAGCUUCCUGGGUGUCGGUGGACGGGUGUGUGCCAGCUCCAAGUUUCAACCUGAAUUCUCGAAGAAAUGUUCGUUGUUCCGAAGUUUCUGGGGGUUUCUUGUUCAACUGAUCAUAUCUGGACUAUUGACGUGAUGGUGUCUUGCAUUUAAAAGGCGCUUUUAGUAGGCCUAGUGUUGCCUUUGGCUGGAUGCUGGACGAUUCUGGAGAAAGUUGUGGUCGACGCAAUUUUUGGCGCUGCGAGUCGGUCUUUUUUUAGAAGUUGAGAAUUCCUGGUGUGCUGGAUUUGUGUAACUCUUUUGGAGACGCGCGCGUUCGGGCACCUAGUAUGACUUGUAUUGUGUUGAUGACUUGAGCCAUCUCAAGACACGGUCCGCUUGUCGGUAGAAGACGACUUGGCUAGGAGUGACUGGCCACUUGACGAGGAGUGACUGACCAGGAUGUCUUGAGAAAUUCGGUGACACAACUCAUGGUGGCUACGGUACCCUGAGAUGCUCAGAUCUUGUGUGGCGCUGGUGGGCGAUAAAAGAGGCGGAUGGCGUUUUCUAGGGUGGGGGGAUGACAACCACUUUUUUGGUCUUAGGCUGGACAAACAAAGGUCAGCUAGACUAAUAACUCAUAGGAACAUGCAUGCUCUUGGAAUUCUACAGCUGUCCGGGAAAUAAGAUGUUUAUCCUGAAUCCAGUUGUCUGUGAUAGAGUGUGUAACACUAAGAAGAAAGUAGAAAUAUUUUUUGUAUUAUGCAUGAAAGGUUGCUUAAUGCUUGUUUACUCAUGUCAAGGUUGUUUUUUUUUAAAUCCUGUUUUCGUUUUACAAUAGCUGUGCCGAGAAUGGAGAAGUGUCAAGGCAACAAUAGACUUUUCCUCUCAGCUUGAGUAGCAUGUUUGUGGAUGGGAAGCAGGGGACGGGUACAUUUAUUGUUUUCCUGUAACAAACAUCAUCAUUUAAGAGAAGCAGCCACUUGUAAAACUCCCAUGUGGCUGUUAUCUUCUGUUAACUAUAAUGUUUUCCUCACGAUGGCGAAAUUGUACAGGCAUACAUGUACGGCUCAGAUUGUGUUCUGUGAUGCGUUUUAAAAUGACCUGUUAUUCCAAGCUAACAACGAACAAAGAACACGCUACGAGGUCGUGUUUUCAAAGCCAAAGACCAUCGAAGGCAUAAAAGUGAGCGAAAUGUCAAGGUGCAUGGAUGGUAGUGUAAAAUUAGCUCAGGUCUUUUGGAAGAUUUCCACAAAGCUGAAUUGUCUUUGCGGCAGCGAUUCAUCUCCGAUUUCACGACGUCGUGGGACAACAGGACGAGUCAGUGUGACCCGCUCCUCCCACUAGCUUUUCUUACUAAAUCUUUUCCUCAGUUUCCAUUUUGCAUAUUAUUGCAUGCGGUAAAUAGAUACAUGUAUAACAAGAGUAGCGCUAUUCACCACAACUUUAAACAACUAGUAUGUUUCCUUGUCUUGCAUAGGUUAUUUGUUCUUUUGGAAGCAGUGCAUCUAUCUGAGGAAAUGGGGUGGGACUGUCCCCCUUGAGGCUAGCUCAGGGAUGGCAUUUGAUGCAGGAAUAAAGUAUAUCCGAGGCUGUGUCUCGGGAGGUCGUGACAUAUGCCAAAUGCCAAAGGAUUAGAAGACACUGUCUGUCAAUGCUAAUCAAACAUUGACGAACAAUGGAAAAGCGGAUUGCACUGGAACCACACAAAUGACAGCGGUAUAAUCUGUUGAAGCAAACUUUGACUGCUGUUGUCUCGUGAGUGCAUGUGUGUUUUCAGUAAGGUUAGUAGCUUUAGUUUAUUAUCAAGGAGGCUUGCGAAGGUCAAUAUCAGGGGAAACUUAAUGAAGGCUGUAACUUCAUAACUUUCUUUUCAAUGGAAGACAUUAAGUAUUUACAGAUCAUUCAGAGGAGCUUCCUGUAAAUGUUAAUGUUCCGUCAACGACAAAAUACGUUUUACUACAUUAUUGUAGCUUUUUUUUCGGAGUGAAGAUUGCCAUUCGCUCAUGAUUUUAAAAAAUGUCGGAACGUUAUCUUUGCUCGUUAUUUAAGUGUGGUAGCUACUUUUGAUUAACUCCUUUAAAAAUGUUGUGACCUAUUAAUUCUUACAUUUUAGACUCGUGGAAAUAUGGUAUUUCGCAAAGAAAAAUAUCUUUUGAAUUUUGGGUUAUCAAACUUAAGUUUGGACAGCAGCAAACUCACGCCUCGCCUAGAGCCACACAGAAAAGAAAGACAUCAAGGUAUACAUCUUAUCAAGAAUCCUCCCCGACGCCCCUCAUGUCAACGUCUCUGCUUCGGAUUUCCACAAAGACAUGGCUUGAACCACAACCAUAUUUUUUUUUUUUUAUUAUGGCACUCCGCCACUGCAGUCGGCUUGGCUGUCUCCACCAACUGCGUACUUUCUGAGCAGCGCCAGGAUAUUCCGUUCGGACUGAAAGCUGUUGGUCUCUCGUCGUAUGUUUCAUCGGGAUCCGUGAAGAAUUGUACACAUUCAGAGAGCCAGGACUCUUGUACUGCAUUUAAAGAAAACUGAACAAUAACUUUGACACGUUAUUUAUAUUAUACAUAUAUUAUGUGGAAAGUGUUCAAGAGAUACAAUUUUAUGGUAAUUUGUAAUCACUUGUGUAUAUAUUUGUCUUUCCAUAUUUAUUUAUUAUUCCUGGAUCAUCUUUGCCUACUUCAGAUUUGUUUCCAGUACCGAUGAUUCCAUGACGUCACGCUCGUUGUGCCCUUCUUUC